AGCAGCAUGAUCUCAGAAAGGGAUUCGGAGACCACCUUUGAUGAGGAUUCCCAGCCGAAUGAUGAGGUGAUGCCGUACAGUGACGAUGAAACGGAGGAUGAGUUGGACAGCCAGCAGCCUGUGGUCAAACAGGGACAAAACCAAAUCAACAGAGAUGCUGAGGAGGGCCGAGAGACGUUGAAAAAAGACUGUAGCUGGCAAGUUAAAGCAAAUGAUCCACACUUCUACGAACAGCCCCAGUUUAAGAGAACAGUAUUUCUGUGCUUUAAAAAAAGCAAAUAUGCGGGAAAUGCAAUAAAGACGUACAAGUACAAUCCUAUAACUUUUUUACCGCUGAAUCUGCUUGAACAGUUUAAAAGAGCCGCCAACUUCUAUUUCCUUGUUCUUCUCAUUUUGCAGUCAAUUCCCCAGAUAACCACCCUGGCAUGGUAUACGACACUGGUGCCCUUACUCUUGGUGCUGGGAAUAACUGCAGUCAAAGACCUAGUGGAUGACAUUGCUCGUCACAGGAUGGACAACGAGGUUAAUAACAGGACAUGCGAAGUCAUCAGGGAUGGAAGGUUCAAAAACACAAAAUGGAAAGAUAUUAAAGUUGGUGAUGUCAUUCGUCUGAAGAAAAAUACUUUCGUUCCUGCUGACAUUUUGCUGCUAUCCAGCUCUGAACCAACCAGUCUCUGCUAUGUAGAGACAGCAGAACUAGAUGGUGAGACUAACUUAAAAUUCAAGAUGGCACUGGAGGUGACUCACAGAUAUCUUCAAGAAGAAAGCGCGAUGGCAGACUUUAAUGGUCUGAUUGAAUGUGAAGAACCUAAUAACCGACUGGAUAAGUUUGCAGGAACAUUAUCCUGGAGAAACAUGAGUUAUCCACUGGAUGCUGAUAAGAUUUUGUUACGUGGAUGUAAAAUCAGGAAUACAGAGUUCUGCCAUGGAGUGGUCAUAUUUGCAGGUGCUGAUACAAAAAUAAUGAAAAAUAGUGGAAAGACGAGAUUUAAAAGGACAAAAAUCGACUCCCUUAUGAAUUACAUGGUUUAUACUAUUUUUGUUGUCCUCAUCCUGCUGUCGGCUGGCCUUGCCAUUGGACACACGUACUGGGAGCAGCAGAUUGGCAACUCCUCUUGGUACCUCUAUGAUGCAGAAGACUUCAGCCCUCCAUAUCGUGGCUUCCUUAACUUUUGGGGAUAUAUCAUUGUUCUGAACACCAUGGUUCCCAUUUCCCUCUACGUGAGCGUUGAAGUGAUUCGUUUGGGCCAAAGCUAUUUUAUAAACUGGGACCUGCAAAUGUAUUACCCGGAGAAGGACACGGCUGCAAAGGCCAGAACCACCACGCUGAACGAGCAGCUGGGGCAGAUCCACUACAUCUUCUCCGAUAAGACGGGAACGCUUACACAGAACAUCAUGACAUUUAAAAAAUGUUGCAUAAAUGGCCAAAGAUACGGAGACUGUCGGGAUGGAGCAGGGCAGCUUCAGAGCCACCCAGAGCAAGUGGAUUUCAGCUGGAACACGUACGCAGAUGGAAAGUUCUCGUUCUAUGACCGCUAUCUGAUAGAGCAAAUAAAAUCGGGAAAGGAGCCAGAAAUUCAUAAGUUCUUUUUUCUGCUUGCCAUUUGUCACACAGUCAUGGUUGACACUUCUGAUGGUCAGCUCAAUUACCAAGCAGCAUCCCCAGACGAAGGGGCCCUGGUGACGGCAGCCAGAAACUUUGGCUAUGUCUUUCUUUCCCGGACACAAAACACCAUCACUAUAAGUGAAAUGGGGACUGAAAGAACUUACGAUGUCCUCGCAAUCUUGGAUUUCAACAGUGAUAGAAAGCGCAUGUCUGUCAUUGUGAGAGAAUCAGAUGGAAGUAUCAGGCUAUAUUGUAAAGGGGCUGAUACGGUAAUUUAUGAACGGUUGCACCCAAAGAAUCUAAAGAGAGAAGCUACACAAGAAGCACUAGAUAUUUUUGCAAAUGAAACUCUGAGGACUCUCUGCCUGUGCUAUAGAGACAUCAGUCAUGAUGAAUUUGAAGCAUGGAAUAAAAAGUUUGUGGAGGCUAGUGUUGCUAAAACUAAUCGUGAUGAAGCUUUGGACAAAGUAUAUGAGGAAAUAGAAAAAAACUUGAUUCUGCUUGGUGCAACAGCUAUUGAAGACAAACUACAGGAUGGAGUUCCAGAAACUAUUUCCAGACUUUCAAAAGCAGACAUUAAAAUCUGGGUGCUUACUGGUGACAAGAAAGAAACGGCUGAAAACAUUGGAUUUUCUUGUGAACUCUUAACAGAUGAAACAAAAAUCUGCUACGGUGAAGAUAUCAG